GAAAUUUGCUGAAACAUCAGGGCGCAGCAGUGGACCACCAUCCACUGCUACAAACUUUGCUCUCGGAGCUCCUGUUCAGCGCAGGUGGAGUCUGCUACUGUGCCCGCCGUUCCCAAAGACUCUUGUGUCGCCUGCUGGUGGCGAAGCAGGGGUUGAAAGCCCGGAACCACGGCACCACAGCACGUAUUGGCAAAGCUCCCGACAACACCGGAGAACGUCAUGGGCAAGUGACACAGAUGGGAAAGGGCAUUGCCGUGGAAGAUCAGGGUCAACGGAUUUUGUACCAGGAACGUCAUGGGCAAGUGACACAGAUGGGAAAGGGCAUUGCCGUGGAAGAUCAGGGUCAACGGAUUUUGUACCAGGAACGUCAUGGGCAAGUGACACAGAUGGGAAAGGGCAUUGCCGUGGAAGAUCAGGGUCAACGGAUUUUGUACCAGGAACGUCAUGGGCAAGUGACACAGAUGGGAAAGGGCAUUGCCGUGGAAGAUCAGGGUCAACGGAUUUUGUACCAGGUAGGUUCGGCGCAAUUUCCCACAGUCAAGAGGUCGCAGGGUCCAGUUUUCUUUCAAAUGACUUUGGUGGCCUUUCCAUGUGCUCCAGGAAAUUUGCUGAAACAUCAGGCCGCAGCAGUGGAUGGUGCACUGCUACAAACUUUGCUCUCGGAGAAAUCUGAUGGAUAA